CCCUAUUAAUUGCCUAUGUUUGUUAGCUCUGUAGUUGCCGUCUUGGAUCAAUCGGUAACCUGCUCCAGUCCAUUCGCCACCAAUCCACCCUUUCUUUCCCUUCAAGAUCGGCAGCAAAUCGAUAUCGACGAAAUGGACGGCUUUGCUCGCUCUUCUUCCUUCAGCUCCUCUGCUUCCUUCCCGUCUUCCACCAGGAGAGGCAGGGAGAGAGGCGGCCGCCGAUGCACUGUGUCUCUCGUGGUAAAAAGAGUCGUGCGUGCUGUGCUCACAUGUGUUUUUGCAACAGUUGGUUCACUAGUAGGGGCAAUCACCGGCGCUCUUAUCGGCCUAGCUACUGAGAGCGGCUUAAUACGUGGGGCUGGAAUUGGAGCUAUUUCAGGGGCAGUCUUCUCCAUUGAAGCUGUUGAGUCAUCUCUCUAUUUGUGGAACUCCAGGGAAUCAGGAAUUUGGAGUGUUUUAUAUGUGCUUGACAUAAUUUGUAGCCUAUUGAGUGGAAGAAUUGUUCGAGAAAAGGUUGGCCCAGCGAUGCAGAAUGCAGUGCAAAGCCAGAUGAGUGCUAUUAACUUGCCCUCGAUGGAGACUUCUGAUUUAUUCGAAAUAGAUAGCACGGCAUGUGGGUUAUCCAUGGAUUCUGUGAGAAGGCUCCCAGAAAUCAAAAUUACUGCCGCAAAUAUUGAAGCUGCAGGGGACAAAUUCUGCUGUUCAGUAUGCCUGCAGGACUUCCAAUUCGAUGAAACAGUGAGGAGUCUGCCUCAUUGCCAACACUUGUUCCAUUUGCCAUGCAUCGACAGUUGGCUCGUCAGGCAUGGCUCUUGUCCACUUUGUAGAAGAGAUAUCUAGAUGAUUUAACCCCUGUAAAUUCCUCAACUAGAGAGUAACUUGAAUUCUAUCUUUUAGUAGAGUAAUUGUUUUUUUCUUCUACAUUUCUACUUGCUCACCUUUUGUUUGCACAUCCUCGUGGAUCGUGAUAUUGUAGCUAUAGAAUGCUUAUAUAAGAUGCAUAAUUUUGUAGAGUAAUCAGCAAA